GCUGGCGAGGAGGUGGCGCCGCUGCCCUUGCGCUGGGCUGCACUUCGCUCCUGACCCGGCCCCGGCUGCCCCUCGCCCUGUCGCCACCCGGCCCCCGGCAGCAGCGCCGGCGCCGGCAGCUCCGGGGACCGCCCUGGGCAAGGAGCCCGCCGAGCGCCGGACGCCUCCUGGCCCGCGGCUGAACCGGCGAUGUGUCGGGUGGAGGGCCCAUUGCUGUAGCACAUGUUGAAAAAAUUAUCUUUGCUCCUUUGUCAAAGAUCAGUUGGCUAUUUGUAUAAACACUUCAUGUGAAGAGUGGUGACAGGGGGCAUUGAGUUCUGAAGCGGCCCGGAGUGGAAAAGCACGGGUCAGGUACCACAGGGACAGACGUUUGGCGUUUUCCAAAGAUGAUGAAGUAGUCUUUGCCACUCACUGCUGUGCUGCGCUCAGUCGAAGCUCUUCCUAACAUGGGCUGCAUGAAAUCAAAGCAAACGUUCCCAUUUCCUACUACAAUUGAGAAUGACAACCGGCAUGCAAGUGCAGAAAGCUUCAUGUCAGGAGAGAGAUUUCCUCCGAGGACGCCUUCUUCAGUUAGCAAAGAGGAGGCGAAGGAAUCCUCGGGGUCCGAAACUGUCGUCUGCGAAUUUGCACACCGCCUGUCGCAGGAAAUCUUGAGUGACGCUUUGCAGCAGUGGGCAGACAACAACGUCAAGUACUGUGACAUCCCAUUCAUUGAGAGUGAGGGGUAGAAUGAUGGCACUUUCUUCACCUGUGGCUCUAGCUGGUGCUAAUUUAAAUACAGGAAGCAAAAGCAAAAAGUGGUGUGAUUAAAUACAAACGACUCCAUCUGAAUGUAAAAAUAAGUCUAUGAUAAUACCAAGAGUGUAGGAAUACCUAAAAUGAAAUGUGUUUUAAGCAGUUCUAUGGUAACAGCAAUUUCUAUCUGCUUGGUCUUGGAUUUUAGUCCUUUAAAGGGUUAAACACAGGUCCUGUGGCACCACCCUAAUCAGCUGUAUGUCACACCACUUUCUUGAGACAGUAUAGCAUCACCAAAGAAAUAAAAAUGAAAAAGUGCCCUAAGUUUCCAAAUGGCUUAAAGACCUUCCUUUAAUAUAACUAUUUAAUUUAUACCAACCCCCCACCUCCCCCAAGAUAUAAAAAGGUCUUUUUCUUGAAAUGCCUUGGCAAUGAAUGGCACUCAAGCAGAUUAACAGUGAGUGGGUCUUGUUUGUCAAAACCAUGUAUGUCAAGGAUCCCUGUUUAAAACAAAUGAUCAAACAUUAGAAAGCAACCCAAGUAGAAGAGGUCCACCUUGAACCGUCCUUAGUAAGAUAGUUAUGGUUUUCAUCCUCAAACGUAAGUAUCACCUUGAACCUCAGGGCCCUAACUGACCACAGCUAUUACUGGAUGACUCAGAUUUUGUGUAAAUUUCACAAGAUAAUUUACAGAAUCAUGGCAUUACUGUUUUUGCACUGAAUUAAGCCCAGUGAUAUCACUAUACAAGAAAACAAGUUUGGGUACCUUUUAUGAACAGAAGCCCCAAUUGGCAAGGAAGGAAGCAGAACCUGGUCACAGCACUGAAAGCGCAUUAAGCUUUACUGUCUCACAGAGGCAGAGGGUUGGUAUAUGGGACUCUUACCCAUUUUUUUAUUGACUAGUGGGGAGUCACCAAAUUACUGUGGGGCCAGAUUAUGAAUGAAAAUUCACUGUUGUAUUACAAAAGAUCAAACACUCCUCCAAAAACAGUACGUACGUAUUUUUUUUAAGGUAACAGUGCCCAGAGGGCAUUUACAGCCAUAUGCUAUACUAUUUUUAUAAAUUAGGCUACCUUUUUUUUGGAUGCUUUGUUUUAAAGAAUUAGUACUGUUUCAGAUCAAUGGUGACCAAAAAAAUGGGGAGAGAGGGAAGAAGAUACUAAGACAUAACUUGUAGGAAAAUCGGGACUGAGUCUCUCGAAUUAUCUUUUCAUGAAGAUUUGCUACAUAUUGAGUUUAACUGGAAAGGGAGUUAUUUAAGCCCAUUUGCGUUAGAUCCUUUUAAGAUACACAGACCGUUGUCAUUAAAAUCUAAAGGAAGGCAGAGAAAGGCUUGGGACCACUUUAAUGAGAUAAAUAUGUAUUUGGCCUUUUCAGCUGGCAGAAAUGCUAUAUCUGAUUUUAACAAUUAUACUUUGAAACCCACAAUCAAAUAGUGAAUUCUCC